UAUGCUAAUUCAAACUCUGUUUCCACCUAUCCUUUCUUUACGAAAACUUUACUUUUCAGGCAACUGGGAUGCAAAAUCCUAGACGUAUAAGUGUUCUGGACUGAAAUGUGUUUGCUUUAAGUUGGAUGUUUUUAAGAUCAAAUGGAGAAGCUAUUCACAGUGGCCUAUCUUUCAGAACUGUUUGUGGGUGCACAUGAUGACAUUCCAAAGCAGUUUGAGUUGAUUUGGGGUCAUAUCAAGGUGUUGUUAGUGGUGCCAUUUCUGAGAAUUUUUAUGUAUAUUAAUCUGGUGAUGUUGAUCAUGUUAUUCACAGAAAUGGUUUACAUGGUUGUGGUGGUUACAACUAACAAAUUGUUUGGUAAAAAACCGGAACAUCGUUACAAAUUUGAACCAUUUGAAGAUGAUGCUGAGCUGGGUAGCUCUGUUUACCCUCUGGUUCUUGUUCAAGUUCCAAUGUUCAAUGAAAGAGAGGUUUAUCAGCUUUCAAUUGGAGCGGCAUGCCGGCUUUCAUGGCCAUCUGAUCGUAUUGUGGUUCAAGUGCUUGAUGAUUCAACAGAUCCAUUGAUAAAGGGUAUGGUGGAAAUGGAGUGCCAAAGUUGGGCGAGCAAAGGAAUAAAUAUACACUACCAAGUUAGGGACAACCGAAAGGGAUACAAAGCCGGGGCGCUUAAAGAAGGGCUUAAGCAUGAUUAUGCCAAACAAUGCGAGUAUGUGGUUAUCUUUGACGCUGAUUUCCAACCUGAACCUGAUUUUCUCACUCAAACUAUCCCGUUUCUUCAUCACAACUCUAAACUUGGUCUCGUUCAAGGUCGUUGGAAAUUCGUGAACUCGAAUGAUUGCUUAAUGACAAGAAUACAAGAGAUAUCACUUAACUACCAUUUCAAAGUGGAGCAAGAAUUUGGGUCUAUUACUUACGCAUUCUUUGGAUUCAAUGGGACUGCCGGAGUUUGGCGAAUGGCUGCACUUGACGAGGCUGGGGGAUGGAAGGACCGAACCACGGUAGAAGAUAUGGAUUUGGCGGUUCGAGCCAGUCUUAAAGGAUGGGAGUUCUUAUACAUUGGGUCACUGAUGGUCAAAAAUGAACUACCAAGUGUAUUGAAAGCUUAUCGUUAUCAGCAACACCGUUGGUCUUGUGGUCCUGCUAACCUUUUUAGAAAAAUGAUCUUCGAGAUAAUGAGAAAUAAUAGGGUUACAUUGUGGAAGAAGCUAUAUGUUUUGUACAGUUUCUUCUUUGUAAGAAAGAUCGUAGCUCAUAUUGUCGCAUUCACACUAUAUUGCAUUGUGAUACCUGCAACUGUAUUGAUACCAGAAGUCAUGAUUCCAGUAUGGAGUACAAUAUAUAUCCCAACCAUUAUCACGCUUCUAAAUGCGGCUGGAACUCCUAGGUCUUUCUAUUUGGUGGUAUUUUGGGUUCUCUUUGAGAAUGUUAUGUCCCUCCACCGGACUAAGGCAACAUUUAUCGGACUUUUUGAGGCUCAAAGAGCGAAUGAAUGGGUCGUCACUGAGAAGCAUGGAGAUGCUUCAAGGGUUAAAACAGAAACACAACACACACAACCUCGCUUUAAAAUAGGUGAAAGAAUUCUUAUGCUAGAGCUUUUUGUGGGAUUUGUCCUCUUUGGAUGUGCUUGCUACGAUCUUGCAUACGGGAAGUACCACUACUACGUUUACCUUUAUCUACAAGCUAUAGCUUUCAUCAUAAUGGGUUGUGGUUAUAUGGGCAACCAGGUCCCCAACUCUUAGCUAGCGAUGAUGUUCUUCAAUUCUUUCAAUUGCACGUUAGAAUCAACAUUGAGUUAGUUGACAUUUGUGCUACCUGCUUUCAUAAUUAGCUACACCAUAGAACUGUUGCUCAAGAACACGAAACUUUCUUUUGUAUAUUUUCAUUUUCAGUAAAAAAGAAAGUGCAAAUGAUACAAUAUUAAUUCAUGCAAAA